AUGGACCGGAACUUGAAGAACAUCCUGGUGGUCUCCUUCGGGUUCCUGCUCCUGUUCACCGCCUACGGUGGGCUGCAGAGCCUGCAGAGCAGCCUGAACAGUGAGCAGGGUCUUGGCGUGGCAGCCCUCAGCACACUCUAUGGCGGGGUCCUGCUGUCAUCCAUGUUCCUGCCACCGCUACUCAUCCAGAAGCUGGGCUGCAGGUGGACCAUCGUCAUCUCCAUGUGUUGCUACGUGGCCUUCUCCCUGGGCAACUUCUAUGCCAGCUGGUACACCCUGGUCCCCACAUCCAAACUGGGGUUGGGGGCCGCGCUCUAAUGGUCAGCUCAGAGCACCUACCUCACCAUCACGGGGAACAGGCAGGCGGAGAAGGAUGGCCAUGCAGGCAAGGACGUGGUCACUCAUUACUUCGGCAUCUUCUUCCUCAUCUUCCAGUUCGGGGUCUGGGGCAAUCUCAUCUCAUCCCUGGUGUUUGGUCAGACGCCCACCCAAGAGGCCAUCCCUGAAGAGCACCUGCUGACCUGUGGGGCUGCCGACUGCCAGGCUUCGGAAUCCAGUGCCAACAUCACCCAGCGCCCAUCCCAGGAGCUCAUCUACACCCUGGUGGGCAUCUACACAGGAAGCGGUGUCUUGGCAGUGCUCCUGGUGGCAGUGCUCCUGGAGCCUGUGCGAGAGGUGGCCCGAGGGGGCCUGAGCCCGGCUGCCCCUCUCUGCACCACACUGCUGGCCACCUUCCGACUAUUCAGGGACAAGCGCCUGUGCCUGCUGGUGUUGCUGCCCCUGCUCCAACCUGUGUUCUUCUCCCUGCAGUCCUAUGUCACGUGUGCACUGGGCAUCCAGUUUGUGGGCUAUGUGAUGAUGUGCUUCGCGGCCACCGACUCCCUGUGCUCCCUGCUCUGCGGCAGGCUGGCUCGGUACACGGGUCGCCCCAUGCUCUACGCGCUGGGUGCCAUCACCAACUUCUCCUGCAUCAUCGCCCUCCUGCUGUGGAGGCCGCAUCCAGCGCAGCUGCCGCUCUUCUUCAUCUUCCCAGGCCUCUGGGGUUUGGCUGACGCUGUGUGGCAGACUCAGAACAAUGCUCUUUUUGGGGUUCUGUUUGAGAAGAACAAGGAGGCCCGCCUUUGCAAUUAUCGCCUGUGGGAGGCUCUGUGCUUUGUGGUGGCCUUUGGCUACAGCACAUUCUUGUGCGUGUCCAUCAAGUUGUACAUCCUCCUGGGGGGUGCUGCUGGCCGCCAUGCUGGGCUACGGGGAAAAGUGUCUUCCAGGGCUGUGGACCGAGCAAGACUCAGUGACGUGUGCCCAAGGCCAGUGUCCAUAGAACAUGCCAAAGCUCAGGUCAUGGAAGCAUUGUCCCAGCCCUUCUGGGACUCUAAGGAGCAUUCCUACAUGGGCAGCAGGGAAGUUGGCUGGUCACAGCACCCCUAG